AUGGAAGUCGCGGACAUCGCCAUCGCCCCACUGAAAGAGUUCAUGAAAGACUCCGUGCGAUUAGUGAAAAAGUGCACGAAACCAGACCGACGAGAGUUCACGCUCAUCGCGAGCAAGACGGCUUUUGGGUUUAUCAUGUUUGGGUUCGUCGGGUUCUUCGUGAAGCUCGUCUUGUGA